AUGUCUCAAUCGCUUAUUGUGUUUGAGCCAUCAGGCAAGGUACUUCACCAAGUUAAUAACAAGAUUUCUCCCUUCAACGACCUCAUUUACAGCAUUGUCAAUGACAGCCACACAGAGUUGAAUCCAGGCUUUUACACCACACUGGCUUCUCAGAAAAGGUUCUACGCUUUAAAAAAAGCUGGUAUCUACGCUGCGGUUUAUCUUGAUGUCGUCACGACCCUAGACAGCGAUAAAGUAAGACAGUGUCUUCUGGAUGUCUUGAGGACUUACACGGUAGUCACCGAGGAGGGUGAGACAGACUCACUGAAAUUGACCAAGCUCAUCGACUACCAGUUCAACCAAUUGACCAAAUUGAAGACUGGCGCUGGUGUGACAGAGAAGGCUCCUGUUGCAGAAAAGCCCACAAAGCCCGAACCCAAGGAAAAGACGAAGAAGAAGGGCGCCAAAACUAUGAGAAAAUGGGUCAAUGGAGAGAUGGUCGAGGUUCAAGAAAACAGCAUAUUGGAUUACUCAGAGGGCAAAGGCGACUCGACCGACGCCUUCAGUGGCGCCGAGGAGGCCAUUUCUGUGGAUAAUUCCAACUUCCAAAGAAGGGACGACCUAGUGUUGGUUAGUGAGCUUCAAGAUAUCUUGGGCGAAGAGAGUGAUGAGGACGAGGACGCCCCCAAAACUAUGACAAGCACUUUUUUCGGCAAGGUGUCAUCCUACUUUGGCGGCGCUGCCGAUAUCAACGAUGUUUCAAAGAAGUUCUACGACCAGCUCAUAUCCAAGAAUAUUGCUCCUCCAACAGCCUCUGCCAUUCUCGACAAAAUCAAAGCCAACAUAGGGAAGAAGAGUGUCACUGUUGCUGAAUUUAAGCUGGUGCUCACCGAGGAGCUUACCAAAACCCUUACUCCUAAUGUCUCCACAGACCUUCUUUACGAUAUCAAGCGCAACAGUGCGGGCAAGAAGCGCCCUUAUGUCAUCUCUGUUGUUGGUGUGAAUGGUGUGGGCAAGUCUACGAACUUGGCAAAGUUAGCAUACUGGUUCUUGCAGAACAACUUGAAUGUGUUGAUCUGUGCCUGUGAUACAUUCAGAUCUGGAGCCGUUGAACAGUUGAAGGUUCACGUCAACAACUUGCAAAGACUCAAUGCCAAUUCAGCCACCGAGUCAAAGAUCGAUUUGUUCGAAAAAGGAUACGGAGGGGGUGAUCAUGUUGUCAACACUGCCAAACUGGCCAUCAAUCAUGCACAGGAGGAAGGUUACGACAUUGUCUUGAUCGAUACCGCUGGUAGGACCCAUUCCAACGCUAAGCUCAUGGCUCCACUUAAGAAGUUUGGCGACGCUGCCAACCCAGACAAAAUUAUCAUGGUGGGAGAGGCUUUAGUGGGAACUGACUCUGUGGAACAGGCGGUCAAUUUCAACAACGCCUUUGGUAACAGGCGUAACCUCGACUUCUUCAUAAUCUCCAAGGUGGAUACAGUGGGAGAUUUGGUUGGUUCGAUGAUAAACAUGGUGAUGGCGACCCGAGUGCCUAUCUUGUUUGUGGGAACAGGACAAACAUACACAGACAUCAAGAAGCUCAGCGUGAAGAGCGUUGUUGAUAUGCUCACUCGAUGA